AUGGUCAAGAAAAUCCUCGUCGUUCUCACCUCGGCCUCCGAGAUGAAGAACAAGAAUGGCGACACCAAGCCUACUGGUUGGUUCCUGCCCGAGUUUGCCCACCCUUACGACGAGUUCGCCAAGGCCGGCUACGAGCUCACCGUGGUCUCGCCCAACGGCGGAGAGUCCAAGCUCGACCCGGCUAGCAUCGAGAUGUUCAAGUCGGAUGCCUCGUCCACGUCGUUCCUCAACAACCAAAAGGACCUCUGGGAGAAGACCAAGAAGCUGUCCGACUACGUCGACAAGGCCUCCGAGUUCGACGCCGUCUUCUACCCGGGUGGCCACGGCCCCAUGCUGGACCUGGCCGUGGACGCGCAGUCGCAGAAGCUGAUUGCCAACUUUUUCGAGGCUGGAAAGCCCGUCGCGGCCGUCUGUCACGCCCCGGUCGUCCUGGCCGACGUGAAACUAUCCAAUGGCGAGUACUUGGUCAAGGGCAAGACCGUCACCGGAUUCACCAACAAGGAGGAGGAGAUCAUGCAGCUCGUCGACUACAUGCCUUUCCUGCUUGAGGACAAGGUCAAGGCCAGCGGCGCAACCUUUGUCAAGGCCGAUGAGCCGUGGGGAGAGAAGGUCGUGGUUGAUGGCAACCUCAUUACUGGUCAGAACCCGGCCAGCGCAAAGGCGCUGGGCGAGGCCCUGGUCAAGGUGUUGGGUUAA